AUGACUUGCCCAUUUCGCCGCGCCUCGUCUCAACUCCAGUUCGCGAAUGGCGGCAGUUCCGGUAGUAAGAAGCCGGAGUUUAGGUCCCGUCAGUCGUCUAUUCAUCUUCCGGGACCGGAUGAAGAGGAAGGGGAGAGAAACACGCUAACGCUGAAACAUCUGAGCGAAGCGUUGCAGCUAUUAACUGCACCGUCGAACGACUGUCUGUACGCUGCUGUAACAUCAUUAACUAAGAAUCAAGCGGAAUAUUCCGAUAAGUAUAACUGCUUACGAAGAUUGCCCGACGAUGUUAAGACCUGGAGAAACUAUGCAUAUUUAGAAGAAAUUUACGAUGCUGUUCGCGCCACUGACAGUUUGAGCACAGAAGACUUUAUGGCAAAAUUAGGAGAACAUUUAAUAUUAAAUGCGUUUUCACAUAAUUGUCGAUUGGAAAGAGCAUUCAAAUGUCUAGGUACAAAUUUAACCGAGUUUUUAACUACUCUCGAUAGUGUUCAUGAUGUGUUACAUGAUCAGGAUGAUGUUUUGAAGGACGAGACUGUUGAAUAUGAAGCUGCGUUUGUUUGUAAAAUAUCAAGAGACAAGAUUGAGUUGUAUCUCACAACAGAAUGCGAGCCAGUUGCAUAUUUACUAGUUGGAAGCCUUAAAGCAAUAGCAAGACGCCUUUAUGAUACCCAAGCUGACAUAAGACUGAUGACCUAUACCAAUGAUCCAAGAAGAUUUAGGUAUGAAAUCUCAGCAACUCCCCUACAUCCAAAACCCAAAGGAGAUAAAAGUGAGACAGAAAACGAAGUAGCUUGUAUUGCUUCAUCUAGUAAGGCUGCAGAUUUGCGCAUUGGUGUUGCAAGCUUUUGCAAAGCAUUUCCUUGGCAUUUUAUUACUGACAAACGAUUGGAACUUGUACAACUAGGAGGUGGUUUCAUGAGGUUGUUUGGAACAUACCUGGCAUCACAUGGUUCAGCUUUAGGCACAUAUUUUAGACUUCUACGUCCACGUGGAGUGCCGCUUGAUUUUCGUGAGAUUUUAAAAAGAGUCAAUACUCCGUUUAUGUUUUGUCUCAAAAUCCCUGGAUCUACAUCACUUGCCGAGGGUUUAGAAAUUAAGGGUCAGAUGGUAUUCUGUUCAGAGUCAGAUUCGCUUCUUUUUGUUGGAUCACCCUUCUUGGACGGUCUUGAAGGACUAACUGGGAGAGGACUUUUUAUUUCGGAUAUUCCUUUACAUGAUGCUACAAGAGACGUUAUUUUAGUUGGUGAACAAGCGAGAGCUCAAGAUGGAUUGAGGAGAAGAAUGGAUAAAUUAAAAAAUUCAAUAGAAGAAGCCAGCAAAGCGGUAGAUAAAGAGCGUGAAAAGAACGUCAGCUUAUUGCAUUUAAUAUUUCCACCUCAUAUCGCAAAAAGGUUAUGGUUAGGAGAGAAAAUCGAAGCAAAAAGUCACGACGACGUAACAAUGCUGUUUAGUGAUAUCGUGGGAUUCACAUCUAUUUGUGCCACCGCAACACCUAUGAUGGUCAUAGCAAUGCUUGAAGAUUUAUAUAGUGUAUUCGACGUAUUUUGCGAGGAACUUGACGUGUACAAGGUGGAGACGAUUGGCGAUGCAUAUUGCGUGGCCAGUGGACUUCAUCGGAAAAUAGACACGCAUGCCCCACAAAUUGCUUGGAUGGCGUUACGAAUGGUUGAAACAUGUGCGCAGCAUCUUACGCAUGAAGGAGACCCUAUAAAGAUGCGUAUAGGCCUUCACACGGGAACAGUUCUUGCUGGUGUUGUUGGAAAAACGAUGCUCAAAUAUUGUCUAUUUGGGCAUAAUGUCACGCUUGCAAACAAGUUUGAAUCCGGUUCGGAACCACUGAAGAUUAAUGUCAGUCCUACAACACACAAGUGGCUUAUAAAAUUCCCGGGAUUCGAGAUGGAACCACGAGAUCGUUCUUGCCUACCGAAUUCAUUCCCUAAGGACAUUCCCGGAACAUGCUAUUUUCUACACAAAUACACGCACCCGGGGACUGACCCGAACGCGUCGCAAGUAAAACAUAUAGAAGAUGCACUUAAUGACUACGGAAUUGGACAGGCAAAAGGGGAAGUUGACAGUGAAGAUCCUACUUAG